GUGCGGUACGAACGCGCGGGACGCGCGGACAGCGCGAAGCACGUCGUGCUGCUGCCGGGGUUCGGCGUCGGGUCGUUUCACUACGACGCGCAGUUGGCGCGAGGCGCGCUCGGCGACGACGCGUGCGUGUGGGCGCUGGAUUUCGUCGGACAAGGACGGUCGUGGCCGAGCGAGGCUGGUGACGUGGAGGGGUUUCAGUACUCCGUGGACGCGUGGCGGGAGCAGGUGGAGUAUUUCUUGAGCGAGGUGGUGGGCGAGCGAGCGUACUUGACGGGAAACUCGCUCGGCGGAUUCGUGGCGACGUACGUCGCGGCCAUGGCGCCCGAGCUGACGAAAGGGUUGAUUUUAGUAAACGCGACGCCGUUUUGGGCGUUCGUGCCGAGCGAUCCCAACGCGUGGGGAAGUAAGAUCGCGCCUUGGCGAGGCGCGCUGCCGGCGCCGAAAUGGAUUCGCACGCCGAUUAAAGCGUAUUGGGAAAGCUUUCGAAGCGCGGCCAACGUGCGAGGAUUACUUUCACUCGUCUACGCAAAUUCCGCGCGAAUCGACGACACGCUCGUUCGUCAAAUCAUCGAACCUACGGAUAACGUUCACGCGCUGAGCACGUUUUGCUCCGUCGUGUGGUCGCCGAAAGCCGCGUUGAGCUUCGACGAAAUGUUGAAUCGAAUUCCCGCCGAUCUCCCGGUAGCCAUGGUGUACGGAAAAGACGACCCGUGGGUCGUGCCGCUCUGGGGACAACGAUUAAAGCGCGUGAUCCCUCGCGCCGAUUAUUACGAGCUCACGCCCAGCGGACACUGUCCGGCGCACGAAACGCCCGAC